AUGAAUCAAAUUCCUGUUUUCGCCGGCUUGGGUUCAGAUGCGCUUUUCUCAGAGCGAACUCUGGGGACUGCGGCCGAAGACGCUAGGACGCCCGAGGGCCAAAUUCUAUUACGAGCAUGCCAUGCCAUCUUUGUCGAAGAAAUUACCUCCGUCAUGCACAGUCAGCGCCUUCCUUCAGAACUCAAGCUAGAAGACUUUCUAGAGCCUGAAAGCCUCAUAAGACCGCAGGCGUGUUAUCAACGGAAUAGUAUCAUUCAACAUGUAUCACUAUACACAAUCCAGCUUUUAAGGUACCUAAGACACUCAAAGGAGAAGCCUGGUGCUCUCCUAGGUGCUGCUGGAUUUUGUGCCGGAUUAUUGCCUUCUGCUGCUGUGGUCAGUUCUAGAAAUGUCAUCGAACUACUCUCUCGAGGCCAAGAAUUCUUCUACGCGGCUCUGUAUUUGGGUAUUCACGUCGAAAGCUACAAGCAGGUUAUGAUGGCGGAGGAAUCCCAUCCACAAGAUCUGCCCUGUAGCUUGAUCAUUGACGGUAUUACGCCCCAGAGUGCUAAAGAAUUGCUCGAAGAACAUAAUAAAGAGCCUGCUACUUCCUAUGUCUACCUGAGCGCCAUCAACUCUUAUAAUUGUGUCACACUGAGUGGCAGGGGUGAUCAUCUUCAGAAAUUCAGCGAGCGCAGUUUGCCCUCUCAAUGCAAGAUACGACCAACUAAUAUUUUCUCUUUGUAUCAUAAUCGCCAUCGGCUCGAGGGAGUCCGAAGAGAUGUGCUUCAAGACCUCCGAAAGAACAUACUCUCCUCCCCAGUACCGUUACACCUUAUUGCCCCAUUGUUUUCAAAUAUCGAUGGAAGGCCAAUUGAUUCGAGCCAGGUGACAAUGUUUGAAGAGUUCUGCGAGAAGCUUCUCGAUAUGAUGAUCUUGGAGCCGGUGGACUGGGUAGCGGUCGAGGAUAACAUUCUUGCUACUACAAAGCAAUCAACCGCCACCGAGGAUACUUCGUAUCAAAUUUUGAAUUUUGGUCCUGGAUACGGCAUGUCGGGAGCCAGAUACACCCUGCCAGACAAUGUGAAAAUUGUAACUGCUUCAUUUGUCGAAUCACCCUACUCACCACAAGGCGCCUGCGGGUUGUUGUCACCUGAUGAUAUUGCUAUCGUGGGUAUGGGUGUGGACCUUCCAGGAGCCUCCAACGCGGACGCUCUUUGGCAAAACUUGGCUGAUGGCGUCAAUUCUUGCUCUGAGAUUCCCGCUUCGAGGUUUCACGUUGAAGACUUUCUUCAGAAGAAGGAUGGCCGUGCUCUCAGAACAAAGUUCGGAAAUUUCCUAGAAAACCCAUUCAUGUUCGACAAUGAACUCUUCGGCAUUUCCCGUCGAGAGGCCCAUUCAAUGGACCCACAACAACGAAUCAUGCUUCAGACUGCCUAUCGAGCAUUGGAAGAUGCAGGAUAUGUCCCUGACUCGACACCAUCUUUCUCCCGAGAAACUUUCGGUUGUUUCAUUGGGAACGCUACGUUGGAUUAUACUGAUAAUCUGAGAGACGGUAUUGAUGUUUACUACAGCCCAGGCACGCUACGCGCUUUUCAAAGUGGACGGAUAUCCUACAUUUUUAAAUGGAGUGGACCAUCUAUAACUCUGGAUACGGCCUGCUCCUCGUCAAUGGUGGCGCUGCAUCAAGCAGCACGAGCGAUACAGGCUGGAGACUGUCGGUCAGCUUUGGUCGGAGGUGUCAAUAUCAUUAGUAGCCCAGACAUGUAUCUCGGGCUCGAUCGAGCGCAUUUCUUAAGUCCUACUGGCCAGUGCAAACCGUUUGAUGACUCGGCAGAUGGAUACUGCAGGUCUGAAGGAUGCGCGGCAUUUGUGGUCAAAAAACUUGGCGACGCGAUGUCUGAAGGUGACCGGAUACUUGGGGUCAUCAGAGGGAUUGAGAUUAACCAAAGCGGUCAUGCGCAUUCCAUAACGCAUCCUCAUGCCCCGACGCAGGAGAACCUGUUUCAAACAUUACUGAAGAAAACGCAAAUUCAUCCACAUCAGGUCACUGCGGUUGAAACACAUGGAACGGGAACACAAGCCGGGGAUCCAAAUGAGCUUGUCAGUAUUCGUGGUGCAUUUUGUAAUGACCGAGAUCCAGGGAAUAUUAUCCAUUUCACCUCUAUCAAAGCCAACAUCGGCCAUUGCGAGGCCGCUUCUGGUGGUGCAGCGUUGGCGAAAUUACUUUUGAUGAUGAGACAUGGCACAAUACCUCCACAGAUCUCUCUGAAGACACUGAAUCAUAAGAUCAAAGACCUUGGUACAGAUGGGACCGUUAUUGAUCGUGAUGGUGCUAUUUGGGAUCGGCCUUUGAAACACCCUCGGCUUGCUCUACUCAACAACUUCGGGGCGGCUGGCUCCAAUGGUGCCUUGAUACUACAGGAGUAUCCUAAUCUCAAAGCUCCAUCUCAGAGUGAGGGGAAAUGUGACGCUCACAGCUAUCUGGUUGGGCUCUCGGCUAAAAGCACUACAAGUCUACUUGCCUAUAAAGAUGUUUUGGUUUCUUAUCUGGAGAAUCCUUCGACACAGGCUCCUCUUCGCGAUGUUGCCUAUACUAGUACUGCCCGCCGUCAGGUCUUUGAUUAUCGUAUUGCUGUGACUGGUUCCACAUCGCAGGAAAUAGUCGAUCACUUGAGAGAUGCAGAGAUUCACAACGUUCGCGAGUCGGCAAAUCCACAACCACGUGCGGUAUUCGCAUUUUCUGGUCAAGGCUCUCAGUACCUGGGGAUGGGUCGCGAACUUCUAACUGCCUAUCCUGAAUUUGAAAAAGUGGUCCUGGAAUGCGAAAGGUGGCUGUUGAAUAAUGGCUAUCCAGGAUGUCUGGAUAUAAUCGCCUACAACGAUGACCAAGAACAGCAAUCUCAGUCCUUGUCACUGCUACAACAGUCUCUUCAAACCGCAGUUUUUGUCUUGGAGGUGGCACUGGCCCGGCUGCUUAUUUCUCUUGGUCUUGUGCCAUCUAUUGUGCUUGGUCACAGUCUUGGGGAGUAUGCUGCCCUCGUUAUCGCCGACGUGAUUGAUUUGAAAAGCGGUCUAAAAUUGGUAGCGUAUCGAGCAAAGCUUAUGAUGAUGCUGUGUCAACUUGAAACCACCUCAAUGCUCGCGGUGAAUCUCAGCGCAGAGACUGUGAGACAACACAUCAAAAACAGCCCCGAAACUCAAGAUUUGUCUAUAUCCUGUGAUAACAGUCCGACGGAUUGUGUUGUUGGGGGUCCGAUUAAUCAACUCCAGUCUCUGAAAGCAGGACUUGGUAUAAUGAAGGCACGGUCAAAAAUGCUCGAUGUUCCAAUGGCUUAUCAUACAAGCGCGAUGGAACCCAUAUUGAAACAGUUGACAGAAGUCGCUAAGACGAUUGAAAUCUCGUCUCCGAGCAUUCCCGUCAUAUCGCAUGUAUUUGGCCGCCUUAUCAAACCCGGUGAAAAGGCUUUCACGUUUGAGUAUUUUGCAAUGCAUUGUCGCCAAACCGUUGCUUUCAAUACAGGAAUUGAUGAGCUUUCCCGUUGUGGAAUGGGACGUGAAAUUUCCCGAUGGAUAGAAAUUGGCCCUCAUCCGUCUUUGCUGCCCAUGGUUAGCACUAGAUUGGAUAAAAGCACUACAGACCUUCUACCGUCAUUGCGAAAAGGGACUGCAGCAUCUGCUUCAAUUUCCAAACUCUUAUCGCAUUUUUACCAAGAUACCACAAUGCCGAAUUGGCGAAAGGCUUUCGAUGAGCGAGCCACCUUGGCUACCAUUCCGGCUAUGCCAUUCGCAGAAGAAGAGUUUGGUAUUCAUUAUCCACAUGAAAGCCUUCACAGAAACUCGGCUCAGUGUGAUGAGAAUGUCGAUUUUCAAACUUCUCAUGCUUUCUUGUCGAGGAUUAUUCAACGCCCAACAGAGACAAGUCGCGAGGCAAUCUUUGAGACAAACAUUGCGGUUUUCAAGGAUUACAUUGUCGGUCACCUGGUUUGUGAGCAGGCUCUUUGUCCAGCAUCAGUAUACCACGAGCUUGCUUUAGCUGCUUCUAAGUGGAUACACCUCAAUCAAGGCGAGGAGCGUGAAAUCAUCAGGAAACUCUCGAAUGUGCUAUACUCAGCACCUUUGUUGUAUUCAGAAGACUCUUCUGCGGUACUUAGGAUCCGCAUAGCUUCCAGCAGUGACCACAAGGCAGACUACUCGUUCACCGUAGGCUCAUACAAUGCAGGCUCGGAUCCGCAGCAGCAAACAAUUCACUGCCAAGGACAGCUAAAGACACAAUCCACUACCCAUGCUCAAAAGUAUGCAAAGCUCGUGCCACUCAUGGAACGCCAAAAGGAGAGAUUCUUGCGUACCGAUCAAUGGAGCACGCAGACCUUUCUCCGAAAGGCCAUGUAUGAAAAGGUCUUCACACGGGUUGUUGAUUAUUCUGAAUUGUAUCAGAUGGUUCAAUCUAUACGCAUCAUCGGAGAUGAGGCACUUGCGAUCUGUCGCUUUCCAAACUCACAAGAAGAGACAUCAGCGGCGAACACAAUCCUGAUGGAUGUUCUUCUUCAUGUUGCUGGUUUUGUUGCCAAUCUCAAUAUUGAGAAUGAUGAAGUUUGCAUCUGUAAAGAGGUCAAGUCUGCUACUAUGAUUCGAGAGUUCCCCUUCUCAGACUGCACGUUUGAAGUAUACUGCAGCAACCUCGAGAUCGCAGCCAGCAAUGUGGUUAUAGCAGAUGCACAUGCCGUUGACUCUAAAGGUGUCAUUGCUGUAUUCAAAGGCAUGGCCUUUCAGCGAGUGAAACUCACCAGAAUGGCCCAAGCUCUCCGCUUAACAGCUGCGAGGUCUAGUCACUCACAUCAGACUGCCUCAAUAGAGAAAGCCAAACCGGUAGCUUCAAAGCCUUCGGCUCCUGUAUCAAAGUCUCCUCGCACAUCUUUUGACACGCAACCAGCUAUCAGGGACAUUAUUGCGAGUACCUGCAAUCUAGACUCGUCAAACUUGACUGCGGGUACCAGUCUUGAGGCUAUAGGUUUUGACUCGCUCAUGAGUAUUGAACUUGCUUCGAACUUGUCUGCGAAGCUUCAUAUCUCCAUCGAUAUAUCGGCUUUGGAGGAGUGUAGGACUGUUGAGGAUAUUGAGCAGCUGUGCGGUGAUGAGGGCCAAUCAGGACUCACGCCUCUCUCGGAAGCUGACACGAUUGACUAUGUUACAAUGCCAGUGACGCCAGCAACACCAGCAACUCCGGCCACAUCUGCAAUGCCUGCAGAUAAAUUGUUCGUUGCAUCCAUAAUUGCCGAAACGUGUGGCGCGCAUAUUACAUCAAUUAAAUCCGAUGUAGAGCUCGAGGCUCUCGGUAUUGAUUCACUGAUGAUGAUCGAGCUAGAGGCCCGUCUACAAAGUCCAUCGAGCACCAAGAAGCUUUCAACUUUGGAACUAUCAGAAUGCAGAACAGUGAGAGAUAUUGAGAGAUUAGCAAUUAUAGACGACGUAAAACCAGUCCAACUUGAAGUUGAUUUUUCUUCCCAGUUACCUCGCCGAAUCCCUAUUCAAAUCCAAUCUCCAGUCCCAGAACUCCAAAAGAAAGAAGUACCCGCGUCCAUAAAAAUGAAGAUUGCGACUAUUCUCAGGCUGCAAGAGCAACCCGAGAUGGUGCAUAUAGCUCAGGAUAAGGCUUCUACAAAUGCUCCACUUUUUCUCAUCCAUGACGGCAGCGGCAUAUGUGUUCAAUAUCACCGAUUGAGAUCUUUCAAUCGCUCAAUUUAUGCGAUCCACGAUCCCAAGUUCCUGGAAUCAGAGUCCUGGUCAGGAAUUCCCGCUAUGGCACAAUCUUAUGCCCGGUUUAUUGCAAAGACAACAUCUGGUCCUUACAUGCUCGGCGGUUGGUCAUUUGGUGGUGUAGUUGCAUUCGAGGCUGCUAGAGUGCUCAUGGCAGAGGGGCACACUGUCACUGGAGUUGUUCUCAUCGAUUCACCGCCGCCAAUCAAUCACAGGCCACUCUCUGAUAACAUCAUAGAUGCUGUUACAAAAGGCGGUAAGAACAGAGGUGGCUUGGUUGGUAAAACUAUUCGCAAUCUUGUCAGGCAAAGCUUCACAUCCUGUGCGAGCAUGCUUGGAGCUUUUGAGCCUGAGAAUACGACAAGUGCCAGGCGUCCAAUCCCAAAGACUUUCUUGCUUCGUUCAAGGGAUGGCUUCUACUUGAGUACGGGUGUUGAGAAUGCUUGGCUGCAGGAUCGGAGCGAUCCUAGAAUGUCUAUUGAGGGAUGGGAGAUUCUUACAAAGACAAGGAUGCCUUAUAUGGAUAUUCCAGGAGAUCAUUUCCAAGUUUUCGAUGUUGCAAAUGUACAAGCUGUAUCAAAGGCUAUUGCUCAUGCAUGCGGCGAAUUAACGAAUGCCUCUGUCUCCAGAGCUUCAGUGUAA